UCUCUUGAAGAACAGAGAUGGACAGCUGGCAAGGAACCACCAGUCCUGUCAGCAGCAACGUGACAGAUCUAACAAUUGGUUUCACCUCCUCAGCAAUAGCUGUCAUCUUGUUUGGAACAAACUUUGUACCAGUUAAGAAAUUUGACACUGGCGAUGGUAAAUGUUUGUGACUGAAUUGCUAUUGUUAUACUUUACAUGGUACAUGUUGCAAAAUGUCCAUACUCUUUAAAACAACAGCCACUUUAUAUCAGGUUGAUGACAGAAUCACAGAGCUGGAAUAUUUCUAUAACUAAAUAAACAUUGUUGUAAAUGGGAUUUAGUAUUUGACUCACCCACUAAACAAGCUGAGUAGCUGGUAUUUUCUAGAAGUUAUCACAUCAUCAGCUCAGUUGGUGGAGCAUGAGACUCUUAAUCUCAGGGUUGUGGGUUCAAGCCCCAUGUUGGGCAAAAGAUUCCUUCAUUGCAGGGAUAUGAAGAGUCAAUGCAAAUGAAUUGCUCCUGCUUCUGUUUGCAGGGGCAAAUCCAACAAAGCAUGCUUUGAAUGUUGUUUUUCAGUAAACUGCAUGUUAAGGUAAACACAUAGGUUUUUUUUAAAAAAAUAAAAAAUUAAAGCAUGCUAAAGCUGGCCACUUCUGUUCUGAAUGGCAAAAUAGCCAUGGGGCUCUGCACUAAAGUGGGGUCCUUUGCCAGUUUUCCUGCUGAAAGUCCUACUCUCUACCGCUAGCUACUGAUGGGCUGUGGAAGGUGCUGUUUAUUCCCAGUCCAGAGCCCUGAGUCGAGUGAAGAGUUCAUUCUGGGUCAUGAGUUUGACAUAAGGAAUAAGGAAAACAUGUUUAUUGCAAUAUAUAGUUUGGUUCCCAGUUCAGUGGUGUUGCUACACUGAAGGGCCAUCACCCAGGGGAAGGGUUGUAACUCAGUGAUGGAGGGACCCAGGUUCCAUCCUUGGAUGUCCAGGUUGCGCAGGGAGUGCCCUCUACCUGUAAUCCUGGUGAGCUUCUGCCAGUCAGUGAAGACAACACUGAUCUGGAUGGACUAAUGAUUUGAUUCAUUCUAAGGCAGCUUCCUAUAUUUCUGUGCUCUGCCUUAUCAUGUUCUCAGUCUAUCCACAUCUUUUUUUCUAAUUAGGCCCUAUCUGCCUUCUCUUCCCUUAGAUUCUAGUUCUUAAUCUGCUGCCUACAGUGCAUUCUCUUCCCCACUUUGAGACGCCCUUAUAACUCAGUUUUCUGUCUUCAGCUUCCAUACUUAUCCGUAUCGUUGCCAAGGUGAGGUUUAACACCAGCCAAAGUGAUGUUUUCCUUCUGUUUCUUACAUCUUCAUUUCCCAAGUAGUUUUGAAACAUUCCGUGAUAUCGCAGCUGCUCAGCCAAAGACGUCGCCACCACCACCACCAAAUCUCCCAACGCUUCUUAUGAUAUAGACUAAAACUAAACAGAAUGAUCUGUUGUGCUUAAUUAUUCUUGGAUUUAUUUGUGUUCUAGGAAUGUUCUUCCAAUGGAUUCUCUGUGCCGCUAUCUGGAUAGUUUCUUUGAUUGUUAACCUUAUUCAGAACAGCCCUAGAUUUUGGCCUCUUGCCAUGGUUGGCGGCUUUUUAUGGGCUACAGGUAUGGCUGAAAUAACACUUACCUUGUCACAAUUUAACACCCAUGCACAUGUGAAUCUAUGCACCAUUUGCAGAUUGCAGGAAUAUCAUAAAAUGCAAUUGUUAAUACUGAGACAUAUGCACGUAUUGGCCUUCUUCAAUCACUUUUUGUCUUAAGGCAGGUUGGGUGGGGCUCUAAUGAUAACAAAAACAAUACUAAUGUUAUUAUUUAUACCCCACUUAUCUGGCUGGGUUGCCGCAGCCACUCUGGGCGGCUUCCAACACAUAUACUUCACAGGUAAUUUGUAUUACAAGAAAAUAGAACAGUUAACAUUUUGAAGUAAAACCUGCACUGCCAGCUACUCUGCAGUGUAAACACACCACUGAUUUGACCUUAAGGUGUGCAUCGUGGUUUCAAAUAAAAAGCAAGAUACAAAGGCAACACUUUGGCAAAGCUUCAUAAUAAGCAACGGGGGGGAAUAACACUCAUCACAUUACAAGCAUAUUAGCUCUGCCCACAUCCACACCUUGGUUCGCAUUCUGAUCACCCUCCACAGGCUGAAAAGCAAUAUUCUGCAGCACGGCGCCACCUGUGCUCUGGGAGGCUUCCUGCACAUUUUAGAAUCGGGGGGGGGGGGGCUCAUGGAGGGUGAUCAGAAGGGCAAAGCCAGAGCACUUCUCCUCAUGCCCUCUUCCCACCUGUUUAUGUAAUAUGACGAGAGAAUGUCUGAAGAGGGCUAUUAAUUUUGUCUCACAUCCGCUGCUAUGUAAUUCAGCAUGACGAGAAUACUAAAUGCUAUUGUGUGGUAGAGUUACAUUAAAAACAAUAAGUGCUUGAUCCUACAAGGACUUUCAGGGUUCUUCUAGCUGUGAUUUGUCUGUCUGUUCAGUGGUCUUUUUUUUCCCCUCUCUGAGAUUUCAUGUCAAAUCACUUAAAGGCUGGUAGAGCUUUAGUGUGACUGCUUCAGAAAAGAGUGCCAAGUGUGGCAUUCAGUUACUGUAUUGAAAACACUGAGCUGACCCAGACUUAAGUCUGAAUCCAACCCACGGGGAAUAUUUUAAGUUUGUUUACAUUGACUCAGAGACUGUAGGGAUGUUGCUGUGAGGUUGUGCUGGGCUACCAUCCCCACCUGCCAGCCACAAAGUCAUCAGUCAUGUGAAAGAGACCUUUGUACAUAAGAGCUCUGUGCAUACACAUUUGUAUGUAAAGGUAAAGGGACCCCUGACCAUUAGGUCCAGUCGUAACCGACUCUGGGGUUGUGGCGUUCAUCUUGCUUUAUUGGCCAAGGGAGCCGGUGUACAGCUUCCGGGUCAUGUGGCCAGCAUGACUAAGCUGCUUCUGGCAAACCAGAGCAGUGCACGGAAACGCCGUUUACCUUCCCGCCGGAGCAGGACCUAUUUAUCUACUUGCACUUUGAUGCGCUUUCGAACUGCUAGGUUGGCAGGAGCAGGGACCAAGCAACGGGGGCUCACUUGAACCGCCAACCUUCUGAUCGGCAAGUCCUAGGCUCUGUGGUUUAACCCACAGCGCCACCCACGUGUAUGCAUUUAGGGCCUAUUCUGUGAAGCUGGGGCAUGGCAAAAAAGAGUCGUGGCAAAUAUGGCUGCUCAAGAUGGUUUCACAAUCUCCUAACACAUUGGGUGAACGUGUGGUGGGAGUAAUUUGUACCCCCAGCAUGUAAAGGUACAGUAUGUGAGUACGGAGGAAUGACAAAUUAUUAUCCUUCAGUGCCUUAUAUAUGUUAAGAGGCAUGUAAUUUGAACAGUUAAGGUACAUAAGAGUUGGACGCUGUGCACAUUCACCAAGCCUCAUGGCGAAUGUGCACAUCAUCCAUCCACAGGGAGGGAAUUGUACGCAAUUCCUGGUCAAUAUACAAAAUCCUCAACAGGUUUCGGGAAACGGGUAUAUAUCUCGGUUUAGUUUUGUACAUUCUCUGGCCAUGAUGCAUAAUCUAGCGCACUAAAUGUAGUGAUUUAUUGUAGAUUAUGCUUAUUAGCAGUUGUAUUAAUAAUACUGAUAUAGAGCUACUGUAGUAAGAUUAUACUGUAUUAAUAAUCAGCUAAUUUUGCUUUUGUUCUUUUCAUACUGUGCAGGUAAUAUAACAGUUGUCCCCAUUGUCAAAACCAUUGGGUUGGGCCUUGGUCUCUUAAUCUGGGCUUCUUUUAACUUGCUAACCGGCUGGGCAAGCUCAAGGUAAGCACCAUGUAUACUUCACCUAUAGUAUGAGUCAUCAUACUAUACUUAAAAAUUACCAUUAACAAGACCAAUGUCUUGACAAAAGCAUUUUCUCUCUGUGUAAUGUACUUCAUCGUAAUAUACGAUCUUGCCCCAAAGAUCAGGCUCAAAAUAUUAUCUGGAUACUUCCAUCCUGAUGUAAUUUCUCAAUCUUUAUACAUUCACAAGUUGACUUCAAGAUGUUAUUAUGUGUGUGUCAGAUAUAAUGUCAGCUAGGCCCUAUAAACCAUGUGAGGAUCCUUAAUAUGCUGAAUUAAAUGUUUCCAUGAGGAAUUAAUAGUUAUUUAUAUUUUUAAAGAGUUGUUAAAAUUUUUGCAAUGUACAAGACUAGCUCAACUACUAAAUAUUUUUCAAGACAGUAUUUUUAUUUUUCUGAUGGUGCAUGAGAUCGAGACAUCUUUACUUCCAGGAAUGGAUUCAUUUAUAUUUUUAUAUACAUCCUUUCGGCAUAUACAAGAGCAAGUCAAACUGCAGUGCUGUGACCCUGGGGAAAAAAUCAAUGUUCUUUGCCAAGCUAUCAUUCCCUUGUACUUGUGAUUGCCACACACAAUUUAUUUAUGCAAGCUAGAUAGCUUUUCCUGCACUUUUCUAUGUCCUUCUCAUUUUGGAAACAAUUUAAAAGAGUUUUUAACCUUUCUGUUCACAGGUUUGGCUGGUUUGGGAUUGACCCAGAAGAAGUAGCAAAACCAGCUUUAAACUACAUUGGAGCUGGACUUUCAGUAUUAAGGUAUUAAUAAUCUUACUAUAUUUCUAUUUUGAAACACUACUUAUGCAUAUAAGUAUGUGUGUGUAUGUGUGUAUAUACAUAUAUGCAAGUGAAUCAGAAUUUAAAAACAACUGAGGCAAAGUAAAACUUUUAUUCUUUUGAGUCUGCAGGUAAGCUGUUGAAGGCUACAAUUCCUAACCACAUACUAGGUAGGAAGGAAGUCCCAUUGGCCCAGUGAAAUUUACUUCUUAGUAAAUAUGCAUAGGAUAUCACCAUUUAUGAAGCAAUGUUGUCCCUCAGCCAGAGAUAUUAAAGGAUAAUAUCUUAACAAAUGAUUUUUAAAAUCUGCAAAAUGAAGUAAGGGAAAUUAAAUCAUGUAUGAUUUAGCUGAGAUUCCUGUAUUGCAAGGGGUUGGACUAAAUAAUCACAAUUCUAUGAUUCUUUAAGACACAUGCACACACACACACACACACAAACACACACACAGAGAGAGUCGUGCCUUGGAAGUCGAACGGAAUCCGUUCCGGAAGUCCAUUCCACUUCCAAAACGUUCGGAAACCAAAGCACGGCUUCUGAUUGGCUGUAGGAAGCUCCUGCAGCCAAUCGGAAGCCACGGAAGCCCCAUUGGACAUUUGGCUUCCAAAAAUAGUUCGCAAACCAGAACACUUCCAGGUUUGCGGCAUUCAGGAGCCAAAACAUUCGAGAACUAAGCUGUCAAAAACCAAGGUACGACUGUGUGUGUGUGUGUGUGUGUGUGUGCAUAAAAUGCUGCAACACGAUGGUGUUUAGUUCAUCAUGAUAUUUCAUUUGCAGUGCCAUCCUAUUUCUUUUCAUAAAAAGUGAUGUUGAGAGCUCUUCACCGUCAUCGGAGAGCACCCCACUAUUAAGACAUGUAAGUUUUUGCUUUUGUUCAUGUUACACUUCCGCACUAGAAAAAAAACACUAUAACACAGAACUUAUUCCAACCACUUUCUUUUCAAGGUAGCCCUUACGAGGCCUCCCACAUUUUUUCACAACUGUAAAGGAUAUUGGAAAGAAGAGAAAGUACCAUUAUUUGUGCCCUCUAGGGUUAGGAAGCAAGGAAGAUUUAGCGAGACAAACUUAUCAGGAUAUAGCUUCCAAUGUUGUUCAAAUAUCAAUUCAAAAAUGAAAAUAACUGGGGUGUUGAGAAAUCUCUUUUCUUGGACAUCUCAGUGUGUGUGAGUGCUUUUAAAUGGGGUUUUUUGUGUUUUCGGUGCAUUUUUUUUAGAGGGUUACUUAUUUAUUUGUUUUUUAAUAUCUAUAUUUAUCAUGUAUUGUUGUACCUGCAUUAAUUUAUGCUGUGAGCAUCCUUGGGUCCUGCACUAGGAGAAAGCAGGGAAAGAAAAGAAGAGCAAUGAAAUGAAAUGAAUAAUAAUAAAUAAUAAUAAUAAAGCUGAUAAUUCUUUAGUUAUCAGCUCCUAGCUCCUUCCUUCCUCAUCCCCAAGUGAAUGAGCAUACCUAGCACAAUCCAGGUCUGAAUGUUGUCAGAAAUCUUAGCCUUAAUGGCUUUCCUUUUCACCAACAGUCAAUCAACAGCUCUGAUCAUAGCGCUGAAAACAGGACUGAUGCUUCAUGGGUUGACCAUCUUUCUCCGUUAGGAAAGAGAAUGAUGUAAGUUGUCCCACCCUUUCUAGUGAAUUACCUCUAGCCUACCUGGCUCCUGUUUCAUUCUUCCUUUGGUGAACUUCACAAGGCAAUAAAGACGACAAACUGUAACCAUUCUGUGGCAGUGAUGAGUGCUCCAACAUCUCUUUCAAGACAGCAAUUUCUAGAAAACUACUGGCAGUUCUCCAGCAUGUUUUCGGCCGCAGCUCUGCAAACCUGCAAUGAAUGUUGUAGUGCAAUGGGUGUCUUUGAGUUUGUAAUAUCUUGAUCUUUCUUUCUCCUGGAAGAGGCUGCUCCCUGGCUGUGAUAGCUGGAAUGUUUUAUGGCUCGAGUUUUGUGCCAGUGCUUUACAUCAAGGACCACGGCAGAAGGAAUGGAACGAAAUAUAGCGGAGCAAGUCAGUUUGGUAAAGGCAGAUGAAUUGUUUUAAUAUCAAAUCUAAACCAGUGGGAAAUUUUGCUCAUUCAUGAUGGGUGAAAGGGGAGGGGAAAGUCUUUCCCCCUUUGCUUAUCUAUCCCUUCUUUGUUUGUUUGUUUGUUUGUUUGUUUGUUUGUUUGUUUAUUAUAUGUAUUAAUCACCUCAUAAUAUAGUUUCUCUAGGUCAUUGGUGAGGCGUUUCUAGCUUGCAGGCCUAAUUUGCUCCAUGACAUGGUUUGACCCAAGCCACACCUACCUGUCCAUCACUUGAGGUCAUAUGACAUCAGGUGCCAGACAGAUAAAGUCAUGGCAGCUAAUUUAAAAGGAAGAAUUAGGAGCACACUUUCCCAGCCCUAGGCUACUGUGCCUUUAAAUCACAGUCUUUCCCUCAAAGAAUUCUGGGCACUGUAGUUCACCCCCACAGAGUUACUGUUCCCAGCAAUCCUUAACGAACUGCAGUAGUUCAUCCAUUGGUGACAUCAACAUUGAAUUACAGCAGUGCACUCUAUGCUGGGCUUCUCUUGCGCUUGACCUGAGAACUGCAGUUAGUGCAGAAUGCUAGUGCAGUUGCUGAUUUCUUACUGGGUAAAGUUCUAAGUUGCUACUAUUGUUAUAUCAAGCCAUUAAUGGCUUGGGACCAGUUUACUUGCAGAAUCGCCUUAUCCCAUACGUACCCACUCAAAGGCUUUGAUCUGUGAAACUGUCAUCUUCACUGUGUUCUUUCCGGCGCUUACAGUCAUACCUCGGAAGUCAGCCGUCUUGCUAGAUGAACGUUUUGGCUCCCAAACGCCGCAAACCAGGAAGUGAUUGUUCCAGUUUGCAAACUAUUUUUGGAACCCGAACAUCCGUUGCGGCUUCCAGCACCCAAUCGGAAGCCGCGCCUUGGUUCCCAAAUGUUUUGGAAGUCGAAUGGACUUCCAGAACAGAUUCUGUUCGACUUCCAAGGUACCACUAUACCUGAAAACCUUUUUCGUUUUGGCAAGCCUAUACAGACACCAGACACACAGAUGUUGAUGUUUUUACAUAUUUUCUACUGUUAUUUUUAAUUGUUUUAAAAUGUUUUAGAAUGGUUUUUAACUAUUUCUAUUGAUGCUUUUAAUAUUUGUUGUAAACCACAAAUAAAUCAUUUAGUUUAAAUCAGUGAGACAUUUAGUGUAGUAUUUACAGUCAUGUUUACAUUGCACAUAUAUACUGAGCAAAGCCUCUUGAUCAGCUAAAACCGGGGAAGGUAUUGAAGACCUUAUAUGAACAAACGUGUGGCUAAGGUAUGAGCAAGACCUUACCAGAAGUAAUUGCUGCUUUUCUAGAAUAUUGUUAAUUUCCUAAACAUAUUCUACAUAUGCAUAUGCCUCCCAUUUUUGUUUCAGAUUUAGAUUACGUCUUUGCCCAUUUUAGUGGCAUCUUCCUUACAAGUACCAUCUACUUCCUGAUCUAUUGUGCAGCAAUGAAAAAUAGACCUAAGGUUUAUCCUGAAGCCAUCAUCCCAGGUAGAAUUCUGAAAUACAUGUGCAUUGCAGAUCACUAUCAAACAUACUUCGUUCUGUUGCUAUUAGACAUAUGUAGGCAAUGUUUGAGUAUGGGUAUUUUGGGGAGGUAUUAUAUUAAUAAUGUCGUAGUGGAAAAGUAGCCAACACGGUGCUCUCUAGAAGUUGUUGAACGCCAGUUCACAUCUGGAUCAUCUGGAGAGCACUGCACUGGCUCCUCAUAAAAAGAAACCUGUUACAUAUGGAAGAAUACAUCUGAUUAGCUCAUUCAACAAAGAAUAUGUUUGCAUUUGCAAGGAUACAUACAGCUGUGCCUGCAUCCAGGAGCAGGUGGGGCGUUUCUGCUGCGGGGAAAGAUCAGUGCCCCACCAAUUUGGUGCCCCUUAGCUCCUCAAGGGACACAAAGGCUGGUGUUAAAUAGUGGCUUUCACCCCAGGCUAAAAAUCAGAUAGUCCCUGCUUUGUAUUCAUUUCUGACAUGAACUCCUGGUGAAUUUAAGGUGAGCUGUUCUCCUUCAGCCUCAGUUCCGCCCAUUUACAAUAACCAUUACAGGAUUGUUGUUAAGAAUAGGAAAGUAGCCAAUGCAGGCUAAGAGCUUUGAGCCCUUGAAAGCCCUUUGCAAAUGCAGCAUGGCCUUAGGAUUCGAGCUGGGCAAUAUAUUGGUAAAUGGUCUGAAACCUCUAUGCCAUUUCAGAUCGCAAUGCCCGUUUCAGACAUUUUGGGCUGGCAAUACAUCACACCAGCUCAAAUUACUUGCAGACGGCUCCUUCCUUGGAGGUUUUUAAGCAGAGGUUGGAUGGCCAUCUGUCAUACACGAUUUAGCUGAUAUUCCUGCGCAUAGCUGGCAACGUUUCCCUUUUUUUAAGAGAAAUUCCCUUAUUCCGAAUAGGAUUCCUCGCAAGAAAAGGGAAAAGUUGACAGCUAUGUUCCUGCGUGGCAGGGGGUUGGACUAGAUGACCCCCUGGGUCCCUUCCAAGUCUAUAUUGCUAUGAUUUCUAUGGGUAAUAAAAUAUGCUUAUUUGUUGUCAGGAUUUGUUUCUGGUGUAUUGUGGGCGAUCGCCACUUCCUGCUGGUUCCUAGCAAAUCAUUACCUCAGUGCUGUGGUCAGCUUUCCAAUAAUCACAGCGGUAAGUACCAAAGAAGGACCUGCUCAUAAACAUAGGUUUCAAAGGGGGGGGGUUGCAUAUCAAACCACAUAUACACCCCACCCCACUCCUGUCUUUGUUAUGGAGGUUUCACGUACAAUAGAGUGUCAUGAAAUUCUACUCAAUAUUGAUCCAGAGCAGAACUCUGACGUAUAGUUAGCAGAUCAAAAACUUAAAAUACUUUGCAGGAUUCCCAAAAACAGAUCAGAGGCAAUUAUAUUUCAUCCAGCAGAGCUUUACUGCUACUGAAGGCAAGUGAGCAUAAUGGUCACAAAUCAAAUACAUUCAGGAUUGGCACUGUCCAUAAGAAAUCCAGUUGCAACAGACCCAACUUAAACUUACAAUAACUUAUAAAAAGUCUAAAACCGUAACACUAUAUACAGAACACCACAUCAGAAGGAAAAGAGAUAGAAAGAAAAGUGAAACCUAGGCUCCUUCUGGCCUUAGUUUUAUAGUAAGCAUGACCUUGACUGAAACAGAACCAGUUUAAGCCAGCUGUACCUAGUUUCUCUGAAGGAAUAACCCAAACAUCAUGAACCUUCUGCUUGUUUCUUUCACACAGAAAAGCUUCUAGAACCCUCUUGAAUUAAUUAGAAUAGGAAAGAUCUCUACAUAUCAGAUCAAUACUUUCUAAUCUAAGAAAUGCAAACUGACACAGAGGUGGGCAGACUUCAGGCUUGCGGGAUCUACUUUUGCUUUUUACUGUAACCACAAGAUCUACCAAUCAGGCUUGGUGCAAAAGAAUUCUGAACCCUGGAAUUUGGUUUGGGCACGAAACCUGAAUAGCCUGAACCCAUAUAGACUGAAUAUCUCAGCUGACUAGAGUGUGGUGCUGACAGUGCCAAGGUUGCAGGUUCUAUCCCCGUAUGGGACAGCUGCAUAUUCCUGCAUUGCAGGAAGUUGGACUAGAUGAUCCUCAGGGUCCCUUUCAACACCUACAAUUCUAUAAUUCUAACUGAACUGAGCCCCCACAAAAAAUACACUCCUGGUUACACACAAUUUUCCGUUUUGGUGGUAUGAUUUAGGGUUGGGGAAGUCAUUUUGUUUCUGCCAUUGUUAAAUCAUUGGCAGUCGGGAAUCCUAAUAGAUCUACUACAAAUCGCCCAGAAAUCCAGAUCUGGCCUCUUCCAGUUCUGACAGACGACAUUCAUUAUGUUCUUCUCAUUUUAAGACAAUGUACUUUCAUCUCUCUAGCAUCUACAGUGGUACCUCGGGUUACAGACUCCGCUAACCCAGAAAUAGUACCUUGGGUUAAGAACUUUGCUUCAGGAUGAGAACAGAAAUCACAUGGCGGUGGUGUGGCAGCAGCGGGAGGCCCCAUUAGCUAAAGUGGUACCUCAGGUUAAGAACAGUUUCAGGUUAAGAACGGACCUCCGGAACAAAUUAACUUCUUAACCCGAGGUACCUCUGUAUUGCAUUCUGCUUGACCAUGCUCAUUCUGAUGGAAAACAAGGUGGUCAGAAUCUUCAUGCUGUUAGAGAAGGAUGCUGACCUGCACAUCUAUGAGGAACCCCUAAAUGGGAAAGGAAGCAGUGGGCAUUACUUUCCAUGGGAAAGUGUGCCUUGGUUUUGGAAUGCUUUGCUUUUGGAACAGACUUUUGGAACAGAUUAAGUUUGAGAAUAACACACAGUUGUAACAUAAAGUCUCCUUGCAGCGUUCCAACACACACUAGGCUCUGGCCAAGGGCAAAUUGACUUCAAACACAUGUACAUUUUUAUACUUUCGAUUGUGCUAAGUCACUCUCACAUGCUCAGCUAGUUGCAGGUGCAGGACAAACACACCCAGAAUUAACCAGCACACCUAACUUAACCCUUUUUUGUCCCUUUUCUCUGCAUGCAUAAACCCUGAUACAUUGACAGAACUCCUCAAAAUAGCUCUCUCAAGCAAAUGGGGGAGCUCAGAGAAGAGUGCACUGUUUCAUAGCCCAUUGACCCCUUUAGGCAUGAAGGAAAAGUUCAAAGCAGCCAUUGAGAGGAACUGUGUCAGGGGAGGAGGCAAGCUGCUCUCCUUAUUCUCCAGUUGAGAAGAGGGAAAGGAUAAAAAGUCCUUCCCACCACAAGCGCCACUUUUCAUCAUGGCAAUCUGCAGUUGCACCUGUCCUGUUGACUUAUAGGGUGUAGUAAAUUAUAACAAGCUGCAGAGAUGAGGAUCACUCAGCAGAUAUAUCUUGUCCUUUUUCAGAAGGAGGAAAUUGGAGAUACUUCUGAGCCGUUUUGAGAUAAAAUGUGCAGGGGCAGCUGAGGUCAAAGCUGGCAAUAGAAAAGAAAUUGCAAUAAAUAUUCUGGCUACCGCACAGCAGGGUACUAAAAAUAGGAACCUUUGUACUUCAUUUAUGGAAAUGGAUGUCUGGGAUGAGCAGCAAGGUAACUAAGAUUGGAAACACCUUGAAAAGCAGUGGGGAAAUUGUGCUCUAGAGAUAGGCGGGGAGGAGAGAAGGAAAGCCAGUUUCAGAGCAAAGCCUGUUAUAGAUGUUGUUCGUGGGCAUAUUUCAGCCUGGAUGUCUGUGACCUGGGUGUCUGUAAUAUGUGCAAAGAGUGGCAAGCUUUAAAUCCACUUUAAAGCAGUGGUGCUUGCUUCUGAGUAGACAUAUAUAGCAGUGAUGUCCAACCGGUUGACCACAAUCGACAUGUAGAUCGCCUUCAUGUUCCCGGUAGAUCGUGGUUGAUUGCAUGCAAGUAAUGUCCCCACCUCCCGCCCCAGUUGCAAGGUUCCUCCGUUGGCAUCAGCAUCAGUUACCAAAAAGCGAAAGUAAUGUUAGCUUUAGUGCGGCGUUCGAUAGUCAGCACAUCAGUUUCUUGUGAGCGUUUGUUCUAUUCCCUCCCCCAAAAUAAGCUCUACAAACACUGUGCCUUCUCCCCUAAAAAAGAAAAAAGCUCAACAACUCUGACCAACCCCCCCCCCAAAAAAAAAAUCAUACAGAACAAAGAAAUUGAGGGGGGGAGACAAUGGGUAGAUCAAUGCCAGUUAUUUUAUACUGGGAGUAGAUCACAGUCUCAAGGGCAGCUUUUCUCAACCUGUGGGUCCCCAGAUGUUGUUGAACUACAAGUCCCAUCACCCCAGCUAGCAAGGCCAGAGCUCAGGGAUGAUGGGAGUUGUAGUCCAACAACAUCUGGGGACCAACAGGUUGAGAACUGCUGCUCUAGGGAGUUGGAUGUGCCUGAUAUAUAGGAUUGCAACUGUAAAUGUAUCUUUGCAUAUAGAGUCAUAGAACUGUAGAGUUGGAAGGGUCCACAUGGGUCAUCUAGCCCAACCCCCUGCGAAGGAGCUUCCAGGGUGUUUCUAGUAUGGGAUUCCGUUACAUAUCAGCAUAUUCAGGUUGUGCCAUUGCAGUUCAUUUGGAGCUCUCGCCAAACAAACCUGAUUCCCCCUCAGGAAAAGGGGGGGGGGGGUUUGCGGUAAGGAAAGUGACAGAGAAGCAUACUGGGAAAUGUGGGUUAACACUUGGUUGAUGAAACAUCCUCUAUCCUCCCAACAACAAACACAUCCAAAUGGAUUCUCAAUAAAACACAGGCCUCCCUGCAAACAAAUCAGGACGAUGGCUCAAUAAAGCAGGUAAUCUGUAAGUGCCCCCCAGAGGUUUGCUUUGUUUUUGCGGGAUUGGCAUGCCUUUUAUUAAAGGCCAUUAUCUUCUCACAUUCUUCUUUCUGUCAUCAUCACGAGCAACAAUUUAGCACAUGAUUACGUUUUAGUGAAGGCAAGAUUGAAUUUAAAUAAGAUAAUUGGGCUCUAGCAAAUCCUCAUGAACAAAUGCUAUUAUGAUUAUUCAUCGUGUCUUAAUCUUGUUCUCCAGGGUCCUGGCUUUAUAGCUGCAAUGUGGGGAGUCCUGGUAUUUAAAGAAAUAAAGGUAAGGGCUGCAACAUGUUCCUCUCAUCUUUGAUGUAUCCGCAUCAGAAAAAAAUGAUGCUUGGGAAGUUCUAAGUAUCGGGGGAGGCAGGCAAAUCUAGAGAUUUUUUAUUUCUUUCUCUCUAGUAAUACUAGGUCAUCCAUUGAAGCUGCAAGGUGGGAGGUUCAGAAUGAUUCUUCCCACAGCACAUAGAUAACCUAUGGCGUUUGCUGCUAUGUGACCACCAACUAAGAUGGCUUAAAAGACCCCAUUUAGACAAAUUUAUGGUGGAUAAGUCUUCUCAUAGCUACUUGUUUUGGGGGCUAUGUGUGUAACAAAAUUCCCAGUGACAGCUUCUGCUAAGGAAAGGAAUUUCCUUAUGUUACGCAUUUAUAUUACCGUAUUUUUCGCUCUAUAAGACACACUUUUCCCUCCUAAAAAGGACGGGGAAAUGUGUGUGCGUCUUACGGAGCAAAUGCAGGCGGGAGACUCUGCUCAGUGCUCCCUUUAAAGAGCCGCGUGGAGCCCCCAAGAGUCCCACACACACUCCGCGCACUCUUUAAGGGGAGCGCGGCUCUUGGGGGAGCCUUAGCCGUGCGCAGCCUCUUCCGGGCAGGGGGAGCCUUCAUCCCGCUGCCCGGGAGAGGCUGUGCGUGGCUAUCCCAUAAGCCAGGACAGCACAGUGAUCCCGCUUGAUGUCCUGGCUUCUGGAAUUCAAAAUAUUUUUUUUCUUGUUUUCCUCUUCCAAAAACUAGGUGCGUCUUAUGGUCUGGUGCGUCUUGUAGAGCAAAAAAUACGGCAUAUUGUUUGUUGUGUUCUAUGUUGUAAAUCGCCCUCUGGUCCUUUAAAUGAAGGGUGGCAUACGCAUUUUAAACAUUAAAUAAAUAAAUAAAUAAAUCCAAGCUUUUGGGAGAGGCAGCUUGUAGUGAGGCAGCAUUGUGGAAAAGCAGGGGCUUAACCAGCCACUUCCCUGAUACAUACAUACACUCACACACACUAAUACACCACUAUUCUCCUUACUGGUUCCGGGUUUGAAAGCAUAAACCCCCACCUGAAACACUGUGGGAGGCUAGUGGGGAAAGUCCCUAAGAAGGAUGUUGUGGCUGCAAAGUGGGGAGAGGCAAGGACCUCCUCCUCCUCUGCACCCCUUUCCAGAACUUCAGUUUUCCUAGAAAGAGCAGCUGCUGGAAUUUGUUGCCCCAUGUCCAUGUAUAACGUCUAGUCCUGUCUUUCCUUGCUGCAUUGAACCAGCCUAUUUUCCCUACAUGGGUGUGUUUGUUUACAUUCAGGAAUGGGUCAUCCAGUGGGACAGAGACAAAGCAAUAGUCUCCUGGCAGCAGCGUUGCUGCAGCUCACUAGAAGGGGGAACAGCAGAGGUGGGUGGGUGGGUGUGUACCGGUAGGAGUGCCAGAUUGGCUCUAUCAUUGUGCCCACCCAUUUCUGACCUUUCUGCCACCUCAAUUCUCCACCUCUGGAUGAGUGUCUGCAGCUGAUACUGCUGCUGCGAGGCUGUUAGUGGCACUCCACCCCACUGGAUGAGCUGCCCCUCCACACAUUAUUAUCACAUUUAUAUCUCACCCAUGCUCCAAGAAGCUCAAGGCAGUGUAUGUUAGGCUGAGAGAUAAUGACUGGCCCACCAAGAUCACUCUGUAUAAGAAAGGGACCCAGGUGUCUCCAGUGCAAGUUCAGCACUCAAACUGAUGUUACAUACUGUUUCAUACAGAUAAUUUGGCCAGAUAAAUUUAACUAAGCAAAUAUUAUCUGACCGCUACCAUUUGUAUAAUGUGUUCUGACAAACGCAUAUCUUACUCUACAAUAAAGUUGUCGGUGUGCAGCAUUUUGCAAAUAACGCAAUACCAAGCCUGACUUCUGGAAAAUAACACCACUUCUCUUUCUUCCCCACACAUCCCAGGGGGUGGUCUGAAGGUACAUGAGGGCACAACCUUGCUGAAACCAGGCAGGUCUGGGUCUGGUGAGUCUGGGACCCCUAGGAACCAGAGUAGGCCGUCUUGGAGGUCAUAAUGGUCAAAAGGCAAGAUAUAAAUGUAAGAACAUUUGAAAAAUAACAAAUAAUCCCUUUCUAUGUCUAUGCAGGGGCUGAAAAACUAUCUGUUGCUUCUAAUAGCAUUUUGUGUUAUUUUGGCUGGGUCGCUCUCGACAGCUUUUUCUAAAGUCUGAAGAACCACUGCCUGAACCAGCAGGUGGAGCUGUGGCUUAAGACACGAAAGAGAAGAUAAUAUCUGGCAUUUUCUUGGAUCACUAAUAUCAUCACUCUCGCCAGAGAAGCAAGGGGCAAAAGUCCAUAGAGCAAGAACUUUUUGUGGGAAAUGCAAGGCAUUCAUCAUGUUUUCCACAUUUGGGAAGAUAAGGGAAAACCUUUUUAUGUUCUCUCAGCUGGAUGAUUAUGGGCUGAAAUCCAGGUCAGAGGUUUUAAUGAUCCCAUUAUGUUUUAUAUUAUGGCUUGUUGUUUAUUGGGGUGAGGGUAACGUAUAAAAGGAAGAGUUCAGUGAAGUGUAAGUGCUGAUUACUAUGCAGAGGAAGUAAUGUUUGUGUUGGGGCAUUGCAUCUUUCUUUUAUUUCUAAUACCGGACCUUUUAAUAAAGAACAUCACCCAGAUACUCCACCUUUAGACAAAGACACACAGAGUUUGCUCAGCAAACAGUCUGAUGAAGAGUUCUAGAGAACUCGAAGAGUUUACUCACCACUUUAUGACAUUCUGGUUUACCCUUGUCGAUUUUGUGUUGCUUUCUUUGUAAUGAACCCAAGGUAGCUACCAAAAAGUUUCUGGACCAUCCUGUUGAGGGAGCACAAUGCACCAACCCUGUUGAAGCCAAGCAGGUCUGGUCAUUGCCUGGAUGAGAGUCCAUCUGGGAAUCUUGUGUAGGCCAUCUUGAGCUCCAUAAUGGAAAAAAGAUGGGAGAUAAAUGUACUGAACAAAUAAAGAAUUUUAAGCUUGCCCAAGGACCUGCACUGGAGGCCAUUCCCAGUGGGCAAUUUCAGGGGAAUUGACCAGCUCAAACAUUGGGAUGAGCAUCCUAAUGGUUUGAGAUAUUCGGCAGUGGAAGAACCUGCCUUGGGAAAUUUUGGGCUGUCGUUCACUGGAGUUAUUUAAACUGAGUCUGGACAGUCAUCUACAGAUUGAACCCUGCUUCCCCUCCAAAAUGGGAUCGCCUCUAUACAUUCCUCCUCCUAUCAGCAAAGCUGUUGUGAUAUAUAUGCACCGUAUUUUUCCAUGUAUAAGACUAGUUUUCCCCCCUAAAAAAUAAUGUAAAAAAUUAGGGGGAGUCUUAUAUACGGAAAAAUAUGGUAUAUUGUCACGAUAUGGAAUGUUGUAAAUAAAUAGAUGCAAAUAGGUGAAAAUAUAUUUUUAAUUGGAUGAGGCUGAGUAAAAGGAUUAAGAAUGUUUAUCAAAGUACUGGUGUCAUGAGAAAGAUGAACAGGUAUACUCUUGACUUGGAAGAGUAACAGAACAUGGCAGAACAAGGGCAAUUGACCACACCCUUGGACCGGACUGAGAAUUACAUUUUGCUAACCAGAAGGAAAAAAUAGGAUUAAAAACACUUAGCAGGUCGAGCAGUUUUUAUCUGAUUUUUAGCUUAUUGUUGAUUUUAAUUUUUUUUGGAUAUUUUAUAUGGCUAUUUUAAAACUGUUUUUUUUUUCACUGACAAUUUCAUUUUCUAAAUGACUUUGAGGUUUUAUUACAACCAAACAAUACAGAAACCUUGUGAAAAUAAAAUCAUAGCACAAUUUCCAGUGAAAUUAUUGAGUUUGCCAGUUUGGACCAUGAAACUGCCCAGCCUUGUUCGACAGGCCUGGAGAAGGAAGAAGAUGAAAGGUAUAAUAAAGAUGCUUUCAUUCCUUGUGCAUUACCUGUUCUGUUUCCAAUUCUAGUCCAUCUGCUGCCCUUAAUUAUUAUGUUCCAGGCAAUUUCAAGGUAGCAAACAUACCAUCUGUUGUGUCUGUCACCCCGCUGACUUUCUGUAUCAGUGGUUUAACUAACAAAGGUCUAGCUGUAAUUAAUUUUGGCUCCAUGAGACGGAAAAGCAUUUCCUUAUGGAAUCCCAUUCCGUCUAUAAACAGCUUGAUAUUGGCCUGUAUUCAGGCCUCCCUUUGGGUAGCAUGUGUUGACAGAACAAUCCCUGGUAAUCCUGGAUAACAAACAAACAAACAUCCUUCCACAACCCUUUGAAUCCUGGUUUUUGACUUGGUUAUGGGACGAAUAUGCUUUUGUAAUUAGAGUGAAUUAUCUGGGCUGGGAGAUUGACAGAGGGAAAUACAUCAUCCAAGUUGUUUCUGUUACAUCUGUCCAUAGCUUCUUUUGGAUCAUCUGGUGGAAGCAUUUUCAUUUUAAGUGAAGCUCAUGCACUUGAGAAAGAUGCAGAGUAAAGUAGACUGAGGGGGGGGGUUCCACAUUUGCUUGUACAAGUGGUGAGGUUUUUUUGGUUAUUUUGAAAAUCAUUUUUAUUUGAUUUUACAAGUGCAAAUUAGUUACAAUAGCAAAUGCAUAUCCAUAAAAUGAGAUUUCUCCGAUCUCGCAACUCCCCCAUCUCCUCCAUGGGUCCUAUUGUCAACAUUACCAACUGCAUAUUACAGUAGUACCUCAGGUUACAGACGCUUCAGGUUACAAACUCUGCUAACCCAGAAAUAGUACCUCGGGUUAAGAACUUUGCUUCAGGAUUGUGCGGCGGUGGUGGGAGGCCCCAUUAGCUAAAGUGGUAUCUCAGGUUAAGAACAGACCUCCGGAACGAAUUAAGUUCUUAACCCAAGGUACCACUGUACUUCAUAG